AGGUUAGAUAAUAAAAAGAAGCGAAAAGUUGCGGGUGUGGGAAAAAAAUCUGAAGCUAAUAAAAAGAAAUGACUGCGGCGGAGUUACAGUUACAGCUGCCAGCUGGUUUCCGGUUCCAUCCAACGGACGAGGAGCUUGUGAUGCACUAUCUCUGCCGUAAAUGUGCGUCGCAGUCGAUCGCCGUCCCUGUUAUAGCCGAACUCGACCUUUACCAAUUCAAUCCUUGGGAUCUGCCGGAUUUGGCGUUGUACGGAGAGAAAGAAUGGUAUUUCUUUUCGCCAAGGGACAGGAAAUAUCCGAACGGUUCAAGGCCGAACCGUGCUGCCGGGUCUGGCUAUUGGAAGGCGACCGGGGCUGAUAAGCCGAUUGGGAAACCGAAACCGGUCGGUAUUAAAAAAGCUUUGGUGUUUUACUCCGGGAAAGCUCCGAAAGGAGAGAAAACUAAUUGGAUUAUGCAUGAAUAUCGGUUAGCCAACGUUGACCGCUCGGUUCGCAAGAAGAACAGCCUAAGGUUAGACGAUUGGGUGCUCUGCCGGAUUUACAACAAGAAAGGGAGCGUUAAGAAGCAAGCCAGCACGACGGAGUUUGAGGACAAGAAGCAAGCCAGCGUGACGGAGUUUGAGGACAAGAAACCGGAUAUUUGGACACUCGGCAAGGAUAUGUGCGGUAUGCCGCCGGCUUCGAUGGUGACGGGUAGCGAUUACAUGUGCUUCGACUCGUCGGAAUCGGUGCCGAGAUUUCACACGGACUCCAGCUGCUCGGAGCACGUGGUGUUGCCGGAGUUCCCAACCGAGGUUCAAAGCAUGCCUAAAUGGAAGGACGAAUUGGGAAGUACUGGCAACAAAAACGCCCUUGAUUCUCUUUAUAAUUACCUCGAUGCCACUCUGGAUAUUGGAUUUCCUUCACAGAUGCAGGGUAAUAAUAAUCAGCUGUCGCCGCUCCAGGAUAUGUUUAUGUACCUGCAGAAGCCGUUUUAAAGGGGGAAAUUGUGGAUGUUGA